AUGUCGUUAUUGGGAGAAGUUACGGAAGAUUGUUCUGGAUAUUCAGUCUCACAAUCUUUGUCACCUCUCAUAAGUCCUUCAUCAACGAAUGCCUAUAAUAGCAGUAGUCGAGGAGGUGGUAGCCCUUCUCCGUGUACCUCUCCCAAACGGCUGAGCGAUUCAUUAAUUCUGCUACAUCUUCCUUUCAAUCAGCAUUCGAAAUUGGAAGUGAAGUCUGGCAUUCUAGCACGAGAUGCUAUUGGUAAAAUCCUGGAGAAAAGAGCAAUACUGCCUCAGAUGUGCAGAGUCUGUGUUGGUAGUGAUCCCUCUAGUCCACGUAUCGAUCUUAGCAUGGAUUUAGAAACAUUAUCUAAUACAUUGGAAAAAAAGGAGCUUUGGGUACACAGUGCAUACCUCUCUAUACUGGUGUCUAUCAAACACAGUUUUGUACGAAAGACUUUCUUAUCAGUGGCAUUUUGUGAUGUUUGCCAUAAACAAAUUUGGUUACAGGGAUAUCGAUGUGAAUUGUGCCAGUUUACUUUCCAUCAGAAGUGCGGCUCCAAAGUUCCUAAUUAUUGCGAUCGUAUGCAGCAGAUUUCUCACGAUGUGCAUAUGGCAAAUAAGCUGAAGGAUAUAUGUGACCAGUAUGAAGGACCAAAUGCAGCACUGGUUGCCGAAAUCAUUCAACAUUUUCAAAGUCCAACAGCAGACUCAAUUCCCAAUCGUAUUGGUAUAUCGCGCCAACAAGCUGUUCGUUUACCAGGUCGACCUGAAGUCUCAGUAGGAAUCAGUGAAUCAUCGCGUGAUCGCUCGUCUUCGGCUCCUAAUAUUUAUGAGAUAACAAAAGAUGAAACAUUGCGUGAAACGAAAGUAAUAGACGCUUUGAGCAGCAAUAUUCAAGUGCUUGUUCACCCUUCAGGAAUGCCAAGAACAGUUAAACCAACUAAUUUAUCCGGUCUGCGGGAUUGGCACGUAACUACUAGUCGAAGGUCAAAUCGUUUGCAUCCUUCAGUUUUAGCCGGAAUAGGAUCACCAAGUUUCACGAAUUCACCAUCCUCAACAAGUUCUUCUCCACCACCAGCGUAUUCGGGAGCUACAUGCGAUCCUACGUCAGGAUUACCUCCUACUCCUCCUCAGUCAGCACCGCCUCAGAAAACAUUUGGUUUCCGUUUUCGUAGCAAAAGCCCAAAUGAUAAAAUCCCGAUCAAAGGGCCAAGUGGUCGAUCUUCUAUUUCUUCUGAUCGACUUGGUGAAACUAAUGAAGGAGAGGGUAAAGAAAAAUUAAAGCAGCGAAUUUUGAUGGAAGGAUGGGAAAUCGAUCGUUCUUUAGUAGCAUAUCAUAAGAAAAUUGGUAGUGGUUCGUUUGGUACAGUAUAUUUAGGCAGCUAUUUUGGAAAAGUAGCAAUCAAAAAGCUCAAUGUUCGCGAACCAAGUCCUGCUCAACUUCAAGCGUUCAAAAAUGAAGUUGGUGUGUUAAAAAAAACUAGGCAUGCAAAUGUUUUGCUUUUCAUGGGUUGGAUGCGUGAACCUGAUCUUGCAAUUGUAACCCAGUGGUGUGAAGGGUCAUCUUUAUAUAGACAAAUACACGUUAACGAACCUCAAGUAGAUUUUGAAAUAUCAUCAAUAAUUGAUAUUUGCAAACAAAUCGCUCAGGGAAUGAAUUAUCUACACUCUCGCCACAUUAUUCAUAGAGACUUAAAAACGAAUAAUAUUUUUUUAACUGAUGAUGGGACAGUUAAAAUUGGAGAUUUUGGUUUGGCCACAGUUAAAACACGAUGGAGCGGUGGGCAACAAAAUCAGCAACCAACUGGGAGUAUUCUCUGGAUGGCUCCAGAAGUGAUACGAAUGCAAGAUGCAAAUCCAUACACAACUUUUUCUGAUGUAUAUUCAUUUGGUAUCUGUUUAUUUGAGCUGCUGUCAGGUGUUUUGCCAUAUUCACAUGUCAAUAGUAGGGACCAGAUAUUGUUCAUGGUUGGGCGAGGUUAUUUGAAGCCUAAUUUGGCCAAAGUGCGACAAGAUACACCUAAGGGCUUGCUUAAUUUACUUGAAAGAUGCAUCAAGUUUUCACGUGAUGAGCGUCCGGAAUUCGAACAGGUACUGAUUUAUCUUGAGCGAGCUUCGGCUGGUCUUCCGAGGUUGAAACGUUCAGUAUCAGAACCACAGAUAUACAGAAAUUAUUAUGAUCAACAUGACUUUUUGCUUCCUGUUCAAACACCAAAUUCUCCAAAAGCGAAUACGACUGCAAAUUUUCCUCUCUUUACUACUUGUAACUGGUCCGAUCAAUCGUGA